CGAUCAAUCACUCAUACCCCCUCGGCAACGAUGAUGGUGUACCAACCACUUCUUGUUACCUCGUGAUUGAUACCUCAGCAAGACCCGCUUGCUUGUCUUGAUCACGUCAAUCUUCGACGCAUGUAUCUCUCAUCAUGAGUUCCACCACCUACGCUUCUGUAACGGCGCCGCCACCACCAGCUCGACGCCGUUCCAACCGCUCUCUCGCGACCUCCACCCUCCAUUCCCCGGUUAUGAGCGAGUACUCGCAAUACCUCUUCCACAAUGGGACCGGAAGGUCGACACCCAGACCGCCGGGGUCGACGAGGAGCCUUCCUUUUACUUUGGAUCAGUUUGAGACGUUACAAGAGAUGCAGAGGGUGCUCUACCGGGGCGGUGAGACGGGAGAAGGAGAGGGAAGCCAGGGGAAUAUCAAGCGGGUGGACGAAUUUAUCCUCGAUAAUUUCGAUGAAGAAUGUCUCUACGAAUCCCCGCUCUUGACACUCCAAAACACCCAACUCUUGCAACACGCCGUCAACCUCUCACAUGCCGUCUCGGACGCUCAAAUGCCCUCGCUCUGGCCGGGGGCAAUGAUCGGCCAUGUAUCUGGGACUAUGAGAUAUGGGUGGAAGAAGUUCAUGGGAUCGGGGUCGUCGAAGACAAUAGAGGGACAGACGAGAAAGGCGCAUACACCGCAAGAGAAGCCGAAAUCAGAUCCUCGAUCGGCACGACAACUAGAUACUCGUCAAGGACAAGCUGCUUUGGCUUCAGCGUUCGCCCGUUUCCACAACUCCGCAACACCGGCGAGCUCAGCAACAGGGAGCAGAAGGAAGAACGAGGACGAUGAUGCGGGUGGGAAUGGGAACUGGUGGAAAGCUUGGGAUGUCAGGUCGGUUUGCGGGGAAAUCAACGAGAUGGAGACGUACGACGGGUUCCGAUUUGGCUUCAUUGAACAUACCCUCUUUCUCUCGUUAUUACCGGACUGGCUCGAACCUGUCGAACAGGAUCCACAACUCCAGACUACCAGCAACACAGCUCAUGGAUCUCCUUUCAAUUCGUUUCCCAACCUUCCGUACACAACACCUGCGUAUAACGGCCGAUCGGAAUCGAUCAUCACCCAAUUCCGCGAGACGAAACCCUCGCCCUCAAUGUUAGCUUCCACCCGGCACGCGCUCCUUCAUCACCUCCUCCGGUACAAGCUCCACUUGCACACCCUGGUCGAGUUUAACGAAGCGGGCAAGAUCGUUUACAUACGGGAUUUAGUGGAUCUGCGGGAUCUUUGGGAAGGCGUCGUACCCUUUGGGAGGGAAACGGCUUGGAUUGGGAGGAGGUUGGGAGGACUGGCAUUGGCAGGGAUGGGGAGAUUGGUCUUCGGAUCUACGUCCGGUCCAAGACAGGUUGAGGGAAGAGCCAAUCUGGAAGAUGGUCAGGAAGGAAGAGAAGCGGAUGGAAAUCGGGUGGACUCGUUGGGACUGGAUGUUGGGACGCUGACUAGUGCUCCGGAUGUCGACAGCGGGGGCGAAGAAGGGGGUAUCAGAGGGUAGGCGAGAAAGAUUGUGCGUCGUGGUAUCACUUGAUUUUCGCAUCCUGACACGAACGCUAUCGCCGCCGGGGUAAUUGAAGAGCUAUCUGAAUCGUUCAGCUACCUCAGCGCCACAUAAUGAUUUAGCUUGUGGGACAUGAACAGGACUUCGAGCUUCACAAAUCACCAAAUAUACGAAUAUGACGAACUAUAAUGACAAGUUUUUCUUGAUGUACAGUCAUCAGAGGGCAGACCAGGCGUGAUGGAUGCAACUUUAUUUAGGCAUCACGUCCAGCUGUUCCAUUUACGAGCAAUGAAG